AUGGAAGACGACGAUAUGGAUGCGUCGCUUGAUGGGCCCAUGUCCAAGCGUGCGCUUGCAAAACAGCUCCCCCUCAACAGAAAGCGCAGCGACAAAGGGUUCACAUAUCUGAAGAAUAGUACGUCUGAACCGCUUCCAAAGUGGACCUCGCUGCUUGUGGCGUCAGCCUUACCCGUCGACCGUUCUUUGCCCCGCGGCCAAACAAUCGAAUCCGAGAAGAAGAUUGAUAGAAUUGAAGACCGCUUAGCUGGUAUUGAGAAUGUUCUUGCCAGUCUCGCAACGAAACUCGGCAGUCUGGACCUCCAGAAAGACUCGCAUGAAUCCAGCAGCCAAUCGCGGUCGAGCCGAGUUGGCCCUUCAAGGAGUCCUGGAAGUGUCCUCGUCGAAGCCCCCACACCCGCGCCAUUCGAGGGCGAGAGUUCUAUCAAUAGCCAGUCAGACUAUGCUCGCGAGAUGCUGGCACGAGCGAUCGGGAGUACACCCUCUAUUGGACAGAAUGAAGAAGUCAAGUUGGCACUUACUGCUCUUUCGGAGAUGGUCUCUCAGCACGGCCAAAACCCUGCAACUUCCAACCCCUUGAUCAACCAGUCACUUGUCGAUAUUGACCCAUCAAAGCUGGAACGACCGCCUUGGGAACUUGCGUGCUAUGCUUUGGAGAAAGCUAGUGGUAUGUCUACAGACUUCGUACCCUUCAAGCCGAUCUGA